CAAAAAGCUGCACUCUUAGCCUCCUCGGUACCCUUCCAGCGAUCCAAGUGCUGAUGGAGGAGAACGCCCUUUCAGAUGCCGAAUCAGGCGAUGCCAAUGAUGAACCUACUGAGACCGAUAUCAUGGCGGCUGCAAACAAGAUCGUGAAAGAGCACAUCAAGUUGUUACACGAAUACAACGAGCUGAAAGAUGUGGGUCAGGGCUUGAUGGGCCUUAUUGCGGAUCAGCGGGGCGUACGGAUAGUCGAAGUUCAAGAGGAGUUUGGCAUCGAUGCGCAGGACUGAUCGCAGGUUUACCAGUGUACUGUGAACGCCAACGGGAGUGAGGAAGCGAUAGACGACGGCGUGAACUAGGUGUGAGAGGCGCAUGAACACGGCAUCUGAGUGUCAAAUAAACCUUAUACUAU